AUGUUAAAAAGAAACAGAAAGAACUAUAGUAGAUGUUAUUUGAGAAAAAACUAAACAAAGAAGAAAUAGUUAAAAGAAUGAAAAAGGUAGAUUUUGAUAUACCUUAGAUUGAAUAAUAAUAAGAGAGCCAAAACAACCCUAAAAUAGAAAUAUUUUAGAUAAGAUAAUGAUGGCAGAUUUAUUUCUUCUGGUUUGGCUAAGUUGAUUAAUAAACUGAUGUAUAAUUAAAUCCAGUUAAAAUACCAGUUAGUAAUCUCACCUAUUAUUUUAAGGAAAAAAAGAAGUGCCAGAGAGAACAACUGGCUAAAAUAAAAAAGCAAAAUGAAUUGUUGAAGAGAAAUGAAAAAGAGCUGGCUUUAGGAUAUUUUUUUGGGGAGAUUAAAAAUGAAGAACUGGAAAGAAAAUUAAAUGAAAUGGAUAGAAUGAAGAGAAAUUAAUUGUUGUCUUAAAAAUAUGAGACUGUUAAGGAUAUAAUAAUUAUAAGAUUACUUUAAAUAAGAUGA